CAUGUUUAGCUUCAUGUGAAGUUAAAAAUCAAAUGUGGUUCUGCAAUUGCUCUCACCAUCUGCUAUCUCCAAAUAGGAAAGUCAAAGAAUGCAAUUUUGAAGGUCUUCAUUGUUUAGAUACUUACUUUGGUGUUAAUGGGAAAGAAAACAGGAAAAAAUAUCAGAAACGAAAGAUAAGAUGUCAAUGCCUGCCAGCUUGCCAAGGUACUGAAAUACGUACAGUGUACAAAGCUGUCACCAGCACAGGUGACCAGAAUAUCUCUUCAGAGUUACAGUUGACAACAGCAGCAACAGAAAAAAUUACCAUGCACUCAAGGUUAAGAAUGGUGGAUUUACUUGUUGCAGUGGCAUGCCUUAGUAGACUUUUUACUGAACUCACUUUGUAUGAUGUUGUUGUUAUCCUCUUCAGUGGAGCAAGAUCCAUUACACGUCAUCUAAAGAACAGUUUUACUAAAAAAGCAUUCAUACGUAUUUCUUAAACGGAAAAGA